GAGCGCGCCCGCUUUUCCCGGGCGAGCGGGCGGUUGUGGGAGGCUCAGUGGCUGGCCGCCCCGUCACGUAGGUUACGCACACACUCACUCCCCAGGGGCCGCCCGGAGCCCGCCCAGGCAGCUGCGCCCUCCUAGACCGGGGCACCCCGGAGGCGGGGGCCGCGAUGUUGCGGGUCUGGGGUCCGACCGAGGUGGAGCUGACCAGGGACUGAGAAGAGCCUGGCCGAGGCGGGGCUGAGCACGAAGCCCUUCCCCGCCUAUCGGGCUGUGGGGUUCCCGCCUGCCGAUUUCCAGUCAUCGGGGUCGCGCUUCUCGCUGGAACCCCUGAACUCCGUGCCCCUGAACUCCCGGGCCCCCUGCGGGAAUGUUCAAAAAUGCGUACCAGGGAGGUGCAUUUGUUGAAAUCUUUAGUGCUCAAGGAAAAAAUCCUGGAGCAAAAUGGAAGAUCCUUGGCAGUCCGUCUGUGAUUUGGAAGGAGUUCGAUAAAGAAGUUAAAAGUUUUGUGUUUGUCCUGGAAGGCAGCAGCCAAACAAACAAAAUUCAAUUACCAAAGGAAAAUAAGCAAAUCCUUGGACUGAUCCAGAGGUUUCUUGUACUUCAGAUUUACAUACCCCUGGGACAAGACUUCUCCACUGAAUUGCUGAAACAUGUAUUGCAAAGACUCCUCCUAAACUUUAUGAGCCUAUUUUACUGUUGCCACUGCAGUCUCUACCACCCUGAAGACUCUGCCGUGACCUUGAAGGAUUUGCUCUUAGGCAGCUGCCCACCCAAGAAACACAGCUGCCAAAAUCCCAAGACUUUGGCUAUAAUGACCUUCAAAUUUGGAAUUACUGAUUUAGGGAACAUCAAAAGAAGAUUGUAUUUAUCAACCGUCCAUAAGGAACUGUCCUCAACCCCUCUUCAUGCAAAAAUCCCACUCUUCAUGAUCAAGCGCAAAAUUUGGUGCAAUCUGUGCAUUGACUUGGUGGCAUUUACCAGUGAAAUAUUCAAGGGAGCAGUUUUCCAGUCAUUGGAUGGAAUUAUUGUCUCAGCUAAUUGUAAGCUACGGAAGAUCUUCACUUUAAAAUCCAAGCCUCAGGACACUGCUGAUAAAGAUGCUGGAUAUGAUGUUCCCCUUCCAACAGAUGAACCUACAGACGUUAUUCCACGAAGCUGCCAACUAACGACAGAUGUUCCACAAGUCACACAGCUGCUAAACAUGACUAAACUCCGCCAAACAGAAAUCAAAUUUGGAGGUCAUCCUCUACGUUCAGCAGAGUCAGAUCAGUUCAUUAACAGAGGAACAGGCAGUGUGCGGAACGGUAAAAGUCAAGAUGUUUGUCAUAUCGCCUUUGGAUCCAAAGUUCUUGGACCACCUCCACUCUCUGGCAGAAGAAAUAACAUGAGGCUGUCCAGUGAGACAAUAAGAUCUGUUGGUUCCAAAAAUAACCAAUCUUGCCGACAGUCUAUGAGAGAGAAUUGUGUUAACAGUAGAGAAAUGUCAACCUUGCUGGUAUCUGAGUCUGAGGAGCAAGGAGAUAAGGAAAAUAUUCGUCAAAUAAAACAGACUGUGCCUAUUCAUGCCAAUCUGCAUGUUAUGCAUCCACAUCCCCCUCAAGAACCAUCAACAGAUAAGAAUAAUAACAGGAGAAGAUUACGGUUAAAAAGCAUCAGCAGAGAAAGGACAGAGACACCCAGCGGCAGUUCUCCAGGGAAUAACAGGAAUGACGAGAAAGCAACAGCUGCCCUCACCUCUGUGUCCCAACAAAGGACAGAGACAUUGCACUCCAGCACUCCGGCACCCCAGUCUCCUGAUCAAGCAGAUGAGUGGAUAUUUCCUGAAAAUGAUGAUCACAUUGCCCAUUUGGCAUACAGCAGACAAUGUUUACUUCUGGAUGAUGACUCCUGCCAGACUUCACACCUGUGGCGAGAAGCUAGCAAGGAAAGUGAACAUGACCAACAAGCAGAGGAAAUCCAGAUUGUUCCAAAGGACAUUUUCACUUUUUCGUCAAGACCACGAUCAGCACCUCAUGGAAAGACUCAGAAUAUGUCCCCAGAGGGGUGCUCGUUUAUUUUGGAUCUGAAAGAGGAUGCCAGUGUAACAAGGAGUGACACCCAGUUGGAAGAGGAUUUUUAUGGCGGUGAUAGCAGCGAAGAGGGUCACCACAGUGUGCAGGGUUCUUCGAGCCCAACAACUAGUCCUUCAGGGUUAACUCAGUUAACGUUAGAGAGCGUGCUGAGGAAGGCUGCAAGGUGGACAAGUAAAGGCUAUCUAAAAAGUGCCUCCCCAGAAGCAGGAGCGUCAGAAAGCCAGACUUCCUUGGCAAAGCAGAUAGAUAGAAACGACUUUCAAAAGAGUUUGGUGCCUACACCGUGCCUUUCUCCCACUGGAAGAAGGAGUGAAUCCUCUCGGAAAACUCCAGCUCCCAUUAUCAAAGCAGAGGACCCACCAGCCCAACAAGUGCCAGCUUCAACAAACAAAACCUCCCUAAAGGAAAUCUUAGGGGAAAAGUUAAAACGGAUUCCUGAAGCAUCUGAAUAUGACUGGAGAAACUAUCAGCCCAGCCAGAUGAGUGAAUCCGAGUUGCAAAUGCUGGCAAGCCUACGGCGGCAACAGAAUGAAGAACUGGAGGACACUGGGGCUUCCCAUGGCCUGAGUGCAUCCCAGGUUGACAACUGUAAUGUCAGCAUAAGUACCAGCAGUGAUGACACAACCACCUGGAACUCCUGCCUGCCGCCUCCUGUCAAUCAGGGUCGUCACUAUCAGAAAGAAAUGAAUCCACCUUCUCCAUCUAACCCCCGAACUUAUAGACUAGUAAGCAACUGAAUCAAAACAAGAAAGGAGCAGAGGGGAGAGUAUCUUCUGUUGAAUGAACAGCGAGCAAUUUUUAAACAGCAGAACCGUUUGUAUUACCAAAAUAGCAGUGAACAAGAAACCUGAGGUCAGUCAACAUCAUGCUAAAAAUGAAGGUCUCAGCUUAAAUAAAAUCACAUUGUGGCUUUCAGUUAAGCAGUGGUAUUUAUGCUAAUGAAGCCCUGUCUUUUGUAGGGGGCAAUUCAUCCCUAAAAAUCCAGCAGGAUUUUUCUCUCUUUUUUUUUAAUAUCUUUUUCUUUAUAGCUUGGGAUGGAGGUGAGGGUGAGAAUCCAUGUGUUGGCCAUUAGCUUUGGAAGAAAAUUCCAUCAUGGUCAGUAUUUUGACUUGUGAACAGUGCACUUACGUUGUGUUUUACCAUUUGUCCUCUUCCAACCUCUUUAACAACACUUUUAUUGAAACCUGAAAUUGCCUUCAUUUUGGAAACGCUAUUAACUCACGUUAAGAGUCCAGAAAAGUUUUGGUUUCUCCUCCUGGAAUAAUAGAGGAAAUGGAAACAAACAAGAACAACCACCAACCGCCAGGUGACGGUCUCUGAAUUUGCUUGUGAUGUUCUAAAUUUCAGUGCCAGCAAAAAAGGAAGUUGCAGCAAAGCAUCAGUAAAUGAAGAUAUUAUGUAUUAGAGAAGGAAUUAAUCUGUCACUUUGACGGAUUGUGAGGCGAAGAGCAGAUUAACAGAUUACUCAUAGUCAGAAGGCAGCUCCGCGUAAAAAAUGUGUGGGAAAUGAUAAGUGUGGGUUUGUGCUGAUUUAAUGAUAUUUUUGAACUACAAUAACACUCUGGUAGGAUAAUAUAAUAAAGCACUUUGCUUGAGUUUUUAAAUCAUCAACAUAUUUCCAAUUUGACCUUAAAAACAUUUGGACCAUUCUCUAUUAAAAUAUGUAGCUUUCCAAUUAGAAAAAGGUACCAUCUAAAAUGCUACAGCAAUGACCCUACAGGAAAUAUCAUUGGCUUAUAAAAUCAGUUCUUUCCUAAACUGGCAUUUGGAAUACAAAUUUUAAUUAUGUUUUAAGCACACUAACACUACAUGUACUUUUUCUUUGGGCAUUUAAAUCACUUAAACAACAAGAAAUUAUCAUCUUCCAACAGCCAUUUCCAGUGAACUGCUUCAUAGACGCCACUGAUUUGUCUUCCUAUUUUCAUUGCAGGGUUUUAGUUUUGUAGUGGAGAUCAUGGAGUACUUACGAAUAAAACCACUAUAUUUUCCCACAGAUAGUGAAUAAAAGUAGUUCAAAUUUGAAUUGAGUGCUCUGAGUCAUAGCAAGAAAUAAGAUAAAUUACUUGUUUCAUUUUAUAUUAUUACAAAUAUUUAUCAGAAAGCAAAACUUUUUAAGAGGUUUACAUUUUUCUAUAAAUAAAAUUGGGAUUUGAAUAGCUCACUUUUAGUUAAUGCGACAAUGAUGGACUGGCAUUGCCAAGAAUUUUCAGAAUAAAAUUUCUGUAAUGCAUUUAAAUGGUUUAUAUUCUAACAUCUUAAUAUUCAAAACCUAAUGUAAGGCUUGAGUUGUUUCAUAUUAUCUUCUCUCAGCUCACCAGUGAUGGCUUUACAUAAUUAGGUACAAUGAAACUUGUAAGGGAGAAAAAUAUUACAUUUUUUGUCUAAACACUGCUAUCUAACCCAAGUGCAAAUAAAUAUACUAAUAUGGCAUGCCCAGGGCUUGAAUCCUAGAUGUGAUUAUGGUUCAAAUUAUGUUUUACAUAUACAGUGAAGACUUUUACCAGAUUCAUCAUGUUUUGUACAUUUCUCCUCUUCUAAUAUAUUAAUACUGUCAACUUAGGGGAAGUAAACAAGCUAAUGUAAAGAGAUAGUCAAUAUUCUUUUUGGUAGAAAUUCUGAAUUGUAUGCAGCAACGUUGUUUGCAUGUUUUCUGGCUUCCUUGCAUAUUUAUCAUCUGCAGUAGUUACUCAUACGAUUUGCCAAAUAUUCCUGACUCUCCCGAUUCUAAGCACAUUGUUGGACUGUAUUUCUGAGUCUGCUUAGAAGUUGGGUGGAGCCAAUUAGCCUAACUAGUUACAGCCAAUGAUUGUGAGCAAAAUUGCCUACACUGUUGCUUGGCUGGAGCAUUUAAUUGUACAUGUAAAACCUUCCAGAAUUCUUUUUCCCUCUGACACUAAGCAGAAACAUUCUGUCAGUCUAGUCACUGAAUGACUAUGAUAAACAGAAUUCCCAUGCUCACCUCUUAUGGACAUUUAACAUGAGCAAGAAAUAAACCUUUGUUGUUUUUAAGCUACUGAGAUUUGAGGGUUGUUUGUUACCAAGCAUAGCCUAGACAUAUUCUGACUGACACAGUUACUAGCUAUGACAUUGAAUAUCUUUUGUCAUUGGAAAUAUGACAUUUCAUAUACUUUCAUAUUUGGAGGUUUAGAAAUUGGUUAAAAUUGUUGAGCUCAGUUUGCACUUCAUUGGCAUACAGCAGAAUAUGUGGUUUUAGGAUGUGAUAUACUGCACUGGUUAAAAGCAUGGUCUCUGGAAUCAAAAUGCCAGAUUUGCAUCCUUGUAAAAUUAUUUUACCUCUCUAAGCAUCACUUAAGUUAUCUAAAAAAUAGGGAUUGUAUUUCAUUACCUACCCUGUAGUGUUAUUGUAAGGAUUAAAUGAGAUAUUGCAUGUAAAGAGUUUUGCACAGGGCCUGGCAUAUGUAUUUUCAUUAAGUGCUAGAAAGUAAUGGUAGUGAUGAUAGGAAUUUAAUAGGGAUAUUAGGAAUAAAGUUUAAAAAAACAGAUCACACUUUGAAGGAAUCAGAGAAUCCUGGAGAGUCUGAAGAGAUUAUAGAGAUAACUUCUGCACAUCUUUGCCAGGGAAGAAGGCUCAGUGUGGCAUCAGGCAGUCCACUCCAUUAUUGAGCAUUCCUUAUACUGAGCUGACAUAGGCUUCUCUAUAACUUCUCCCCACUGAUCCUAGUUCUCUUUCCAGAGUAACAAUGUGAAUCAUCACUCUUUCACAUAAUACCCCUUAAAAUUUUUGAAUAUUGCUGUUUGGUUGUUCCAUUUUCUCCUCAGGUCUCUUACUUCUCCAGCCUCAAGUCCACUUUGCCAUUCCCGGUCCUGGCACAGUCCUAAUCACCUUCCUUUGGACAUCUUUGAGUUUAUCAAAUUGAGGUUCUCUAAUUUGAACAAAAUAAUCUAAUAGUUUGGACUACAGUUAGACCAUUGACCAGGACAUUGUGUAUAUUAGUGUAGCUUGAAUCACACUGAUUUUUUUAGUACCUAUUUUCCAUUAAUGAUUUAUCUUUGGCUUUUGGCUGCCUAAAACUAUCACCAUCUUUCCCCUGGACCAUUGCUAUAGCCUCCUAAGUGGUCUCCCUGCAUCCACAUGUGCUUCUUCACCACAAUCCAACCCACUCCCUCCAGAGCAGCCAGAGUAACCCUUUGUAAACACAGAUCUGACUGUGAGACACCAGUAUUAAAACAUCAAUGGCCUCCCAUAGCUCAUAGGAUAAAGACCAAAAUCUUUCAGUAGCUUGCAAAGCUUAAGUGGUUUGGCCCAUGCCUGCUGGGCCAACCUUAUUUUCUAGCAUUUCCCUCUGGAGAUUUGCAUUUUAGCCACACUGGCCUCCUUUCCUCUUCUCAAACCUGCCAGCCUCAGGGCCUUUGCCCCUUGUUCCCUGUUCCUAGAAUGUUCUUCCCCUACCUUGCUCUCAUUUUGCCUGGUUAAUACCUGUUCAUGCAUGAGAUUUCCUCUCAAGCAUCACUUCCCCUAGGGAGCCCUCGAGUUCCUAUCCAUGUGCUCUCAUAGCACCAUUUAACUUCACGUCACUUAUACAUUUUUGUGUGGUUAUCUGAUUGAUGUUGGGCUCACCCUUCUGUAAGCUCUAAGAGGGUGGGAACUCUGUUUUUGCUCACCACUGCAUUUCAUGCCAGGACCUGACACAAAACUGGAUCUUGAUAAAUACUUGGGGAAUAAAUAUUGGUGUCUGAACCAAUUUUCUUGACUAUCGAGAUCAUUCUGAAUCUCAGUGCUGUCAUCCAGCCUACUCUCUCUCUCAGCCCAGUGUCUUCCAUAAGUUUGAAAAGCAUGCUCACUGUGCUCACAGGACAUUUACUGCAACCUUAAAUAGAUCAGAGCUGAAUGUAAAGCCCUUUGGUCCUCCAUUAAAAAUCUUUCACCAUGUUAAUACUGAUCUACAGCAAUUUAGAGUGAUAUGAUUUUAGGGGAGGAAAAACUUUUUUUGUCUGCCUUCCUAGGUUCUGCACCUAGGCCCUGAAAAUUAAACUGUAACAGGCAGAUUAACAAGAGUAAAGCAUACAAAUUUUAUUUAUGUGUGUAGCACACAUACACAAGGGAGAAACUCAGUGAUGAGUAACUCAAAGGGUUGGUUAGAACUCGAGGCUUCUAUAGCAUCUU